UGUUGAAGUGAUCCAAGAUGAUGAGUAACUAGUAACUAGUAUUUCAUUGAAUUGCAGCAAAUGAUGGGUGGGAACCCUAACCCUAACUGGUGGAAUAUCCCUCAACAUCAUCAUCAUCAUCAUCAGUAUCUUGUUUGCAGCACUGGGGAAGAUGACUAUUCACACAUCAACAUGAACAUGAACAUGAACAUGCUAGAUUUCACUUAUAGCAAGAAGCUACCACCAUCACCACCAGCAGUAUCCUACAAGUGUAAUAGUAGUAGAAUUAGCACUAACAAGAACAAGAACAAGAAAGGUAGGGUUUCAAGCCAACAACAUCUCAUCAAGGUGAGAAAGGAGAAGCUUGGUGAUAGAAUCACAUCCCUUCAUCAACUUGUUUCUCCAUUUGGAAAGACUGACACAGCUUCCGUUCUAUUGGAAGCAAUUGGAUAUAUAGGAUUCCUUCACUCUCAAAUUCAGGCACUGACCUCUCCUUAUUUGGACAACACCAAUAAUCCACACUCUGUAAUUAUAAUAGUCAAACAGGAUGGAGAAGAUAGUAAGAAUCAAGAAAAGGACUUGAAGAGUAGAGGCUUGUGCUUGGUUCCAAUAUCAUGCACCCAACAUGUUGGAACUCAAGAUAAUCAUCAUGCUGCCGAUUACUGGCCAUCACCAUUUGCCACCGGAUUUUAAUCUCUUUUAAUUUGGAAUCCUUGUGGAAAAGAAAGACUAAAUACCCAUUUUGCUCUCUGAAAUUCACGCCAUUACUCAAUUUGGUUUCCGAAAUUCAAAAUUACCUAUAUUAAUCCUCCAAAUUCAAGUUUGGGCACCAAUAUGGUCCCUCGACUCUUUUCGACGAUAAUUAGACAAAUGGAAUGUUGAUAUAGCACUACACUUGAUUAUUAGUAAACGACAUUAUUUACCCUUGGCGUCUAAACAAGUCAGAAAUGAAAAAUAGUGGAGGUAGAGAAGAAAAAGAAUACUUUAUUUUGGGUCUCCAUCAUUUCUUCUCCCUUCAUAUAUAAAGCGACGAUAUUUCUGACUUGUGUGGAUGCCAAGGGUAAACAACGGCGUUUACUCAUCAUCCAGCGUGGCAGGAAAGAUGCCAUAUCAACAUUCCGUUUGUCUAAUCAUCGCCGGAAAGAGUCAAGAGACCACAUUGAUGCUGAGACUUUGAAUCUGGAGGACCAGUAUAGAUAAUUUUAAAUUUCGAAGACAAAAAUGGAUAAUCAUGUGAAUCUCAGCGACCAAAAUGGAAACUUAGUCGGAAAAGAAAAGGUUGAUUGCUCAAGAUGCUACAUAUAUGUCGUUCAUGAUUAUUAUUAUUGUUACGGGAUCGGAAUAUAUAAAACUAGCAAUGGAGUAAUCUCUCUAAUCUAGUUAGGAAUUCAAUAAUUGCAUAUUGAGUUCAUUAUAUAUUUGUUUAAUUUGUUAUUCAAUGAUGAUAGUUUUAUUUUUCUUUUUCA